AUGCUUAGAGGGAUUGGGGAUGGUCCAGAAGGAGGGGCUCAGAGUAUGGAAACUUCGUUGGAUGAAGAAUAUGGAAUCCCUGGUACUAGGAGUGCUGCAGUUGAUGAGGCUCUUAGAGCACAACCUAAAUCAAAAGGACUAAUGGAUAGAUUUGUCAUUAGAAGCUCAGCAAACCCAGCAGGUACUUGGUUUUUGAAAUCUAUUGAUGUAUCUGAUUCCAUAGACGAAAGAUGGGGCCCACAACUCCAUCAGCCUUUACAUGCUGCUGGUUAUUAUUUGAACCCUCAAUUGCGUUACGAAGAAACAUUUUCUAAUGCUAAUGAAGUAAGGAAGGGAUUGGAAGAUUGCAUGACUAAGAUGUUGUCUUUUGAGGAUCGUAUGGCUGCUGAUAUCCAGUUGGACUUGUAUGAUGAGGCAAAAGGAGAGGUUGGAAGUCGUCUUGCUGUGAAUUCAAGGAAACUACGAACUCCAACAAAUUGGUGGAAGCAUUUUGGAAGGGACACACCUGAGUUGACAAAGUUUGCUAUUCGGGUCCUUAGCCUUACUUGUAGUGCAUCUGGGUGUGAGAGGAAUUGGAGCACAUUUGAGCAGAAAAGAAAUAGACUUGAACAUCAAAAGCUUAAUGCUCUAGUAUAUGUGAAGUAUAAUACGGCACUAAGAGAGAGAAUUAUUAGAGGGAGGUCAAAGAUUGAUCCAAUAUUGGUGAAUGAAAUUGAGUCCGAUGAUGAAUGGAUAGCUGAGGUUGGAGAACCAAUUCUACCAACUGAUCUUAUUUGGCUUAAUUCUCAAGAAUUAUACGAUGUUGAUGUCAUCAGAAAUAUGCCCACUGAACCUUAUGAAACUGAUCUACAUACUCGAGUGCCUAUUUUUAUGGAGCCUAUUGGUGAUCCUAGGACUCAAGAGCGAGGGAAUAUUCAUGUUAGGACUCAAGAGCCUAUUGUCCAUUCUAGAACUCAAGAUCCUAUUAUUGAUGAUGAUCUUAUUCUUGACGAUGAUGUUCUUCUUUCCUCGUUAGCUUCAAAAAAGAGAAAAGAUGGUGAAACCUCAAGUAAGAGGAAAGUUAAAAGCAAGUCUGUAAGAGCGAUACUUAUGGAUGAAGAUGAUGAGAUAGAUAAAGAUCCUUCAACAUUUGAUAGUGAGAAAUAUCCUUUUCAUAUUGAUACAGUUGAUCAAUAUGAUAAUGAUGCUAGUUUUAAUUAUCACUACAAGAAAACAGGCCUUCUGUGA